CGAUGACAACAGGCAAUCGCUCCAGGUCGAAUAAAAAGGAGUCGCUUCCCCGCGCGCCGCCGCCCCCCGCUGCCUGCCCCGGGGGGGGCCCCCCCCCGGCGGCCUCCAGUGGCCGCGGGCGCCGGCGUCCCCCGCCCCCGCCUCGCGCGCAAGUGCGAGGCUGCCCGCGGCGAGGCUCACGCUCUGCCGCUCCCGGCUUCCGCGCAAAACUUCGAGCCGGGCCGCGUGAAGUUGUCGCUCCCCUUUCGGAGCGGGAGAGAGCUUGGGGAAGAGCCGGGCAGUGAGGACCGCGGUGGCUGGGCGCGCGCUUUUUUUUUUUUUUUUUUUUUUCCUCUGUCGUCGAUCCGGAGUUUUGGCUCCUCUCCUUUCCUCCUCCCCCUCGUAGCCGGCUUCUCCCCCGCCCCGUCUCUCCCCCACUGGUGUAAGCUGUUUGUUGGGGGGUGGCCGAAGGGGAUGUCCUCUUUUCACCAGAGGCACAGCGUUCAGGGGAAACUUCAACACUAGAAGGCACGAGAAUAAGUACCUAAAUACGGACGCACGGAUCCGCUGCUGGGGGAGACACUUGAAUUUGGGAUCCCGAGACGGUCCGGGCGGCAGGAGGUAGUCCAUUUUUAAUUGAAGGAAGCUGCUUCUACUUGGGAGUGGCAGGAGAAGUAAGAAAACCACAUGGAAGACUCCCAGGAUUUAAAUGAACAAUCAGUAAAGAAAACGUGCACAGAAUCAGAUGUUCCAGAACCCCAGAAUUCCAGGUCUAUGGAAAUGCAGGACCUAGCGAGUCCUCAUCCUCUUGUUGGAGGUGGCGAUACUCCUGGUAGCUCCAAACUGGAGAAAGCUAAUCUCAGCAGCACAUCGGUCACCACAAAUGGAACAGGAGUGUCUCUCCUUGCAGUCAAAACAGAGCCUUUGAACAGCAGUGAAACCACAACCACGACUGGAGAUGGAGCGCUUGACACUUUUACUGGGUCAGUAAUAACAAGUAGUGGCUAUAGCCCCAGAUCAGCGCAUCAAUAUUCCCCACAGCUGUAUCCUUCCAAGCCCUAUCCACACAUUCUUUCUACACCAGCAGCUCAAACAAUGUCUGCCUAUGCAGGCCAGACUCAGUAUUCGGGGAUGCAGCAGCCAGCCGUCUACACAGCGUACUCACAGACAGGACAGCCCUAUAGCCUGCCCACUUACGAUCUGGGCGUGAUGUUACCAGGCAUCAAGACAGAGGGCGGACUCUCACAAACUCAGUCACCGUUACAGAGUGGGUGCCUCAGUUACAGCCCAGGGUUUUCUACCCCGCAGCCAGGCCAGACACCUUAUUCUUACCAGAUGCCAGGUUCUAGCUUUGCACCGUCAUCUACUAUUUAUGCAAAUAAUUCAGUUUCCAAUUCAACGAAUUUCAGUGGUUCACAACAGGAUUAUCCAUCCUACACAGCCUUUGGCCAAAACCAGUAUGCACAGUAUUACUCUGCAUCAACAUAUGGAGCAUAUAUGACAUCAAAUAACACAGCUGAUGGCACGUCCUCCUCGACCUCAACCUACCAGUUGCAGGAGUCUCUCACAGGACUGACUAGCCAACCAGGAGAGUUUGAUACUGUGCAGAGCCCCUCCACACCCAUCAAAGAUCUUGAUGAGAGAACGUGCAGGAGUUCUGGGUCAAAGUCCCGAGGAAGAGGCCGGAAAAGUAAUCCUUCCCCGCCUCCGGACAGUGACCUGGAGCGUGUGUUUGUGUGGGACUUGGAUGAAACCAUCAUUGUUUUCCACUCACUGCUCACGGGAUCUUAUGCCCAGAAGUAUGGCAAGGAUCCCCCCAUGGCUGUAACCCUUGGACUCCGAAUGGAGGAGAUGAUUUUUAAUCUUGCUGAUACACAUUUAUUUUUUAAUGAUUUAGAGGAGUGUGAUCAAGUUCACAUAGAUGAUGUUUCCUCUGAUGAUAAUGGGCAAGACUUAAGUACCUACAGUUUUGCAACUGAUGGCUUCCAUGCAGCUGCAAGUAGUGCAAACCUUUGUUUGCCAACAGGUGUAAGAGGAGGGGUUGACUGGAUGAGGAAGUUGGCUUUUCGUUACAGAAGAGUAAAAGAAUUAUACAACACCUACAAGAACAAUGUGGGAGGACUUCUUGGCCCUGCCAAGAGAGAUGCGUGGCUGCAGUUGAGGGCUGAGAUUGAAGGUCUGACGGACUCCUGGCUAACAAAUGCACUUAAAUCUUUAUCAAUUAUUAGUACUAGGAGUAACUGCGUAAAUGUCUUGGUAACAACAACCCAGCUGAUCCCAGCACUUGCGAAGGUUCUACUCUAUAGUUUAGGAGGUGCUUUUCCCAUUGAGAAUAUUUACAGUGCAACUAAAAUAGGCAAGGAAAGCUGUUUUGAGCGUAUAGUGUCCAGAUUUGGCACUAACAUAACUUAUGUUGUGAUUGGAGAUGGCCGAGAUGAGGAGCAUGCCGCUAACCAGCACAAUAUGCCCUUUUGGAGGAUAUCAAGUCAUUCAGACCUCUUGGCUCUACAUCAAGCACUGGAAUUAGAGUAUUUGUAACUGUGUUCUCUAGCUGGAGAUCCGUUUUUUUUGUUUUUUGUUUUUUUUUUUAUAUUUCAAGUACACUGAAUUUUUAUGUGUGAUUCAAUGCCUCUGGCUUUACACAUAUAAAUUGUCUUAAAGGAUGAAAUCAUAUUUGGAAUGAGAAUUCCAGAAUGAAGAAUUCAGAUUGCUGAAUGGAAUUAAACUUUAGUGCUACAGAAAGGAAGCUCUAUGGUCUUAUAUUUACAACGCUUUAAUGGUUUUAAAAAAAAAUCUGUGGAGGUUGCUGGUACACACCGAAUGAGUCCUAACUGGAAGCAACAGCUUUAGCAAAGAGCUCUCACCCCGGCAAAGCACCAACACAGGCUCCGUCUGACAAGGUUCAACAACAUUCCUCAAAAUGGGAGAUCUUCUCAGCCCUGAGGUUUGAAUCUGACUUUAGCCUACCUAGCCCAGAAAAUCUGAAUUGGAAUGCACUCAGACUGUGUAAGGACAGUCCUAUCUAGACCUGUAAUUUGUGUAAAUUAUUGAUGAAAGUAAUUUACUGUGACUUUAUUAGCAGCUGACUUUGAAAGUGGAUGCAAUUUUUCUUUCAUUUGUCGGGGAGGGUAGUGGGAGGGGAAAUGGGAAUCUAAUCAUGUCUCUUUUUUAAGUUUGGCAAACAGAAUGUUCAUACUGAUGUGUUGUGCCUUAAAGACAAGACAGCAUUUGUGUGUUACAAUGUAACUUUGGUUAAAAUCUCUGUAGAUAAUGAAAAACAAAAACCUUUGUGAUCAUUCUUAAGAUGACCAAAUUUAAAAUUCAAGCUAUCAAAGCUUCAUAAUGCGUCAGCAAGAAACUGAGUAUUUGUUGCAAUAAGAAAACAAUAAUAAUAAAGGAAAGCUUGUGUUUUAUUUGGGUUCUUAAUAAUUCCAAUAAUUGUAUGAGGCAACUAUUGGUGCAUCCAACCAGAAGCAGAAGGUUUGGGAAAGACUGUGGGACCUUUACUUAGAAAGUGAAGUGUAUGUUGAAACCUCGAAUAUCCUUUCUACAGUUUUACUGGAGAAAACUAAGAGCCAUAUUCAUGAUGACCUAUACUGUUUGGAGUCUGACUCGUUGAUACGUCUAAGUUGUACAGAGGAAAAUAUUCUGAUGAAAAUCAUAAGCAAAUAUCACCCAAACUUUCUUAGAAUAUGCAUGAACGUGGCUUAAAAUUCACAUUGGGUGAACAGGGCUUAAAAUAAAGCUAAGUGCAUUUAUUCCCAAUGCCAUUGCAAAAAUGAAGUGUCAUCGGUAGUGGAAGGUGAAUGCCCCAGACGGUUUCUAAGGAAAGAAGUGAAUCAAUGAAAAUUUUACCUAGACUAUCAUCAUAAAAUAAAUGAACAAGUGAGCCAGAUCUUGGCAGCGUUACUGAAGUUACAGCAGUGAAAUAGUAUCUGGUUCUCUGUCUUAACACAUCCAUCCAGUUUCUCUCCAUUACAGACCUGCGUACCUUAGUUUCUGGCUGUACCACUUACUGCACAAUGGACUUCAUUCAUUGCAAGGAGAGCCUGUCAUCGUUGUGUUUGCAUGUUUUUUUUUUCUUGGUGUGUAGCCCAUGUUAGGAACACGAUACAGGUUCUCCUGUCAUUUCGUAUGACAUGAUUUCCCUUGUGGAAAUUUAAGACUUCAAGAUCUAGGAGUGUUUUAAUGGUGACUACACCUGCAGUUCUGUGUUUAAAAUGUCACAAUGCGGAACUUGCCAUCCAGCUACUAAGCAGUGCUCCUAACCAGAGGCUGGUCCACGAUAAUCCAUCAUCUGAGGCUUCGGUGGCUCCCAAAAGAUUGGUGCUUUGUACACUGAUCACAACAUUUGCUAUGGAAAUGUGAUUUUAUUUUCCAAGCUAUAAACCUGUAUUUCUUUACUGUACGCUAAGGCCAUGUUUACAUUGGGCAGAAAGAGAUUGAGACCCUAUUUUGCAGAUUUUAAGAUUGUGGUUUCAUCACACGUAGACCUUAAUCUUAAUCUUUAAAUUUUGUAGCUUUUGGCUACCUCUGCACCAAGUACUCUUGCAGAUAGAUUAAGGUUGGAAUACUUAAUAAGAAUAAAUCUUACAUUUCUAUUGGCCUUUAGCUUGAAAAUAGUAGUUUUAAAAAAUUAAAGAGCUGCAUUGAUUAUCAGUACAUAAUUCUAUUUUGUGCACUAAAACCUUAAAUAUUUAUUACUGUGAACAAAACAAAAUUAUCUUUACUGUAGAGCCAGGUUCUUUAAAUGAUAGAAUUUUGGCAUUACAUCGAAAUUUUUCACUCUUUUUUUCAUAUCAGACAGGCAAGGCUUCUUAUGCUGCUAAACCUGCAGGUACAGAAAGGAACACCCCUUUACAGGGCAAAGAGAAGAGUCACUGAUUUUACAUCAGCAGUGCUAUUUCCCACAGACCUCUUCUCCGAUGACGAUGUGUUCAGAAGAGGCUGCCAACCUAAAACCUACAUGCUAGGUUGUUGGAGAACAGCUCGUCUGGCACCACCGUGGUGCAGGCCAAUGAGCCCACAUCACAGUUUGUCCUGUGACUUUGAGCAUGCUCAGGCUAGAACGCUUCUCUUCCCCCGCUUAGGAACCCAAGAUCCUAUUCCUUUCUGAUCUUAAAAACAAAAGAUAAACCAACAAACAAAAAAGCCCCUUUGGAAGUUUCCAUGUUCUGUUGACAUAUAGGAUAUUGUGCCUUAUUAUAAACCAAUCUGAAAAUGUUUUGUCACGGACAUGGGUUUUUGGUUCCUAUAUGUACAAACUUGUCAUAUCGCCGGGACAGGUCACCACCUCGUGUUGCACCUGAAGAAUAGCAAAACAGGUGGCCCAGCUACAAUAGUGUCACAGACAAGAUGAAGUCAUUACACCCUGCAAAGAUUUGUAAAUCAAAUUCAGAGGCAAAAAAAUAUUUUAGGAUCAUGCAAUUUGUGCACAAAAAGUAGAUAAUAACACUCUAAAAAUGUUUUUUCCCUUAGUCUCUGGUGAGCUAAGAUUCAAAAUAGUGUCAACAGCAUGCUCAGUAUGAAGGUUUUUGGGGUUUUUUUUUUAAUGCACAUUUGUUUAUGACAAGCCUGCAUUCUCAGUGAAUAUGGCAUUUAGUAUUUCUUUUAAAAACAAACAAGCAUCUUGAGCCAAAGUUGCAUUUUUGACUCCCAACUAUGGUAGCAUUAUGGAAAUCUAACAAAGUCAAGGGUUUCUGUUACGUAUUAGUAAAGUAUAGAUUAUUGGGGCCUACAUAAUUUAAAGAAAUGUAAAUUAAUAUUAAAAGCUUGUAAAAAUAUGUAUAUCUUUACUAUUUCUCAAUAAAUACCUUUGGAAAUGAUUCCGUUUUCUUCACCCUCC